AUGAAGGGCUCCGGCCUCUUCUCCUGCCUCUCUCUCGUCUUCCUUAUAUUACUAUCGUCAUCUUCGGCAUGGCCAUGGCCCCCGUCGCUUGGUGAAAUUGGGGACAGGCUGGAUACCUUUCUGUCCCGCCGUCAAGACAAUCAAGACAACGAGGACAACCAAGAAUCUUCCUCCAGCCGCUCCUCUUCUGCAACUGCCACUGCAAAAACCUCGACUUCGGCUUCCCGGUCAUCUUCAGCCACAACCGACCCAGAUGCUGAAGAGUCUGCAUCUGCCUCAGGGACCAUUACAGACAUCAAUGCUUCAGAAACCAAAAGUGCCAACAGUACGAGGACAUCAAGCACGAAAACAACUCCAAUUGACCCUCGUCUGCCUCCCGGUGGCAUUUCGCUCAUCACUCCAGCACCCAUCGAUGGCGUCCAAUAUUACAAAGUUGGAGAUCCUGUAACCUUCAAGUGGAACUACACUUCACUUUCCAUCACACCAUCUGCCAUUGAUGUCUUGGCCUCUUGUGCCCUAAAUUCUGCAACUUAUACAAUUUCUUCCAACAUGUCCGUCGAAGAAACUGGAGCUGUGACAUGGGAUACCGGCGAUUUUGAGGCCACUGCCACAAAUCCGUUUGUGGUGGCUAGUUAUACAUUGAUCGUCCAUGAUGCAGCCAAGGAGGUCACCGAUGUCCCGUCUGCAGGUGAGCUAGGUGCAUAUGCUCAAUAUGUCUUUGGGAUGUACACAGGACAGCCAUAUGUACCCCUAAACGAAUUUCGAUGUGCUUCCUGCAACGGAGCACUGUCUAUUCACGAGAAACAAGCACUAGGUGUCAUAUUGACAACAGCUGCCAUCACGAUAAUGUCAUUCACGUGGUUCGCCAAUGGAUUUGGCGCCUUUUAA